AUGUCGGUACCUGCUCUUUCGCGUACUGCAAUUUCUAACCUGCUCAAACUGCUUAAUAAAGUACUGAAUGCAUCAUGGAAAGUAGUUGAAAGUGUUUCAAAUCAGCACCAUCUUCAAACUGAUCUAGUAUUUAAGAACUUUGGAACAACUUGGAAAUUUCUAAAUGAGGUGAAAGAUCAUGCCCAUAAACUUAGACACCACCCUACUAUUACUACAACGUAUAACAAGGUGAAUCUUGAAAUUACCACCCAUGAUGUAGGUAACUCCCUAACCGAAAAGGAUUUCCAACUAGCAGAAAAGAUUAGUUUGAGUUUAAACAUAUUAAAUAAAGAACAAUAG